AUGUCCUAUGUAUCAUCAAUUGAAUUAAGAAAAGUUCGUCCUGAAGUUGUCAAUGAAAAAAGUGUUCUUGAAUCAGUUGUUGAUCUAUUUCAUGAUGUAGUAGAAAAAGUUCCUCAAGCUUAUGCAAUAUCUUCUCGUUCGACUAAUACUGAUCAAUUGGAACCAAUAGAAUGGAUGCGUUUUUUAUCUAAUGCACAUGAAUGGCAUUCAUCAAUACGUAUUGAUACACUUGUUUUAUUAAUUGCAUAUAAAAGUGGUUUAACAUUAUGGACAAUUGAAACAAAUGGUAUAGCUAACGAACUAUUUUCCAUUCGUGAACAUAAUUUAACAUCUGUAUGUUUAUUAAUAACAAAUUCUUCACAAGAUGAUCCAUAUAUUUCUCAACGUCCUCUAUUUGCAUUUGCUAAAUCAGCUGGACCACCAUCUGUACAAAUACGUUCAUUAAAAAAUGAUCAACAAUCUAUUAAAAUACUUAAUCUACCUGGUAUUGGUACACAAUGUGAACCAUUAUGGAUUGAAUCAAAUAAAUCUGUACUUAUAUGUGCAACACAUACAUUUAUUGUUGGUUAUGAUAUAAUAAAAUUUGAUGAAAAAUUUUUCAUAUCAAAUUGUUAUUCAUCAAUACCAUAUACAUUAUCAGCACGAUGGUUAGCAUUUGUUGAUUAUCGCCUUUAUUUAAUUCAUCAAUCAUCAGGUGGUUUCAAUGGAACUAUAUCUGAACAACAUGUUUCAUAUACAGGUGUGAUGUUAAAUGCAGCUAAAUCUAUAUCAAAAAGUGUUGUUAAAAUUGGUGAAAGUGUUCUUGGAUAUGGUGGUAAUAAUAGUUUACCAGUAAAUAAUACAACUAUAAAUGAGAAAACAUCAAAUCAACAACAAUCAUCAACAACAAAUGGGAAUACAAAUUCAACAAGACAUCGACAUGGAUCUGGCAAAGAUGAACCACAACCAGGAAUUGUAACCAUUGUUGAUACAAUUAAAUUAUUUGGAACAUCUAUUCAUGAUGAAAGACAAAAUUGGAUAAUUGCACAUUUUCAAGCACAUACAGAACCUGUUGGACAUUUACAAUUUAAUCCUAGUGGACAUUUACUUGUAACUUGUGAUUCAAGUGGACAUUAUUUUAAUGUAUUAGAAAUUCAAGCAUCACCAUAUCGAUGUACUAGAACAUAUAUUAAACAUUUAUAUACUUUAUUUCGUGGUGAUACAGAUUGUAGAGUUUCUCAUAUGACAUUUACUACUGAUAGUCGAUGGCUUGCUGUAUCAACCAAACGUGGUACAACACAUUUAUUUGCUAUUAAUCCAUAUGGAGGUGCUGUUAAUGUUCGAACACAUACAAAAACUCAUGUCGUAAAUAAACCAAAUCGUCAUAAUCGUACUACUGGUUUUGAUGAACAGCCAAUACGUCAAUCAACUAAUACGAAUAAUGAUAACGGAACAAAAAAAGAUACGCCAAUAGUUUCUUUAACGAAUUCAUCAUCAAAUGUAAUUAAUGGUCAUAAUAGUAGUUAUAUGAAUUCUCUACGUACAAAACGAACAAAUAGUGAAUGUGUAUUUUCAACAGCUGUUACAUUAAUACGUCAACCAACUGAUAGUUUUGUUAGUGGUCUUAGUGCACCAUUUAAUAUCGAUUCAUUAUGUUUAGCAUCAACAUUUGGAAUUUCACGUGGUUUUCUUAAUCCAGAAGAUAUGAUACAUCAUCAAGAAUAUCCACCAAAAGCAUGUAGUUCAUUAUUUAUUAUUAGUUGGCAUGGUCGUUUAAUUGAAUAUGUUCUCGAACCAGUACCUGAUACAAGUAAACAUGGUACACGUGUAACAUCAGAAACACCACUUGCACUUAAAGCUUCUCCAAAAGCACAAUGGCCACUUCAAAAAUUAACUACUUUGCCGGAAGUUCGUAUGUCUAUUGGGUAUUCAUUUUUAUCUCAAGGACAUCGACCAAUAUCUGCUAAUAGAGUUCAUUCAAAAGAUGAUUGGCUUCGUCAAGUUGAAAUGAAUACACAUGUAGGUCCACAUCGUCGUUUAUGGAUGGGUCCACAAUUUCAAUUUAAACAUUAUUCAGAAGCAACUGUUAGUGUUUGUCAUCCAGAUUCAAAUGUAUUUACAGCGGAUCUACCUCAAACAUCAAUGAAUAUUGUUGAUGCUGAUUUAAAAUGUUUAGACAUGCAACGAUCGAAAUCUACACCAGUACAUGUACCAAAUAUGCAUAAAGAUAUAGCACCAGCUUAUAUUGAAGUUGGUUCUGGUAGUUUUCAAGAUGCUCCGUCAUUGAGUAUUUAUGGUAGUUCAUUCGAUAGUUUAAAAUCUGAUUUUGAAGUUGAACUAAUGGAAAAAUUAGCUGAUGCUGCUGUUGAUAUACCAUUAAAAAAUGGUGGUAAUAAUGAUACAACUGAUUCAUUAAGUUCAUCAACCUGCAGUAGUACAGUUAUACGUCCAUUACAAAUCAAUCAUUCAAUCGAAAAUAUGAUCCCAUUUCCUGAUACAAGUGAUCCGACUGAUUGA